CCAUACAACAGAGUAACGCCGUGAGGAGAGACAACCAGACAGUGAGAAGAAUGGAUACCACAUCUUCAUUUCUCAAAUCAGUAACCAAGCGCGUGUGGUCUGCACCACAGCGCCCUUUCAGAGUGUGUUGUAACAACAGGGAGACCAGGAAGGGAAUCACAGCUGGGACCCUGGAGGAGCUGAAAGAAAGGGUAUGCCAGGCGCUGCUGCUGUCCCUGUCUGCAGUGUCUGUGUGUCUGGUUUGUGAAGACGACGGUACAGAGGUAGACUCCGAUGAGUUCCUCAUGACGCUGACUGACAACACCAUGCUCAUGGCCCUGGAGCCCGGGCAGACAUGGAGACCACAGCCGGGUGCAGUCAUGCUCAAAUCCCAAGACCACAACAAGCCUCGGACCGGGAGAGACAUAGCUCGUGUCACCUUUGACCUUUACAAGAUCAGCCCAAAGGAUUUGUUUGGCUCCCUGAGUGUGAAGGCCACAUUUCAAGGCCUGUACUCGGUGAGCGCUGACUUCCAGUGUCUGGGGCCCAAAAAAGUCCUCAGGGAAGCCCUGCGCAUGGCCUCCACUCUCCUUACGGCUGCUGGACACCUGCUCAUCACAUCCGCCUCCAUGAUCCGUCGCAUUAUUGAAGGUGCUGAGUUUUGGCAGCCACAGAGGACGGAGUACACAGCCAGCUGGAACUGACGGAGCCGAGAGAGACCUGGGUCUGAUAUCAUAGUUGAUUUAAGAACUGGUAGGUUUGUCUGAGAUGUACUGAAUUCAUUCUUAUCAUUAAGCAUCUCAUUCAGUAGCCAUUGUAUUGUUUAACUGAUCUGAUGUUUACUUUCCUUAAGAUGAGGAUAAAAAAACAUGAACAUGUUAAAGCGAUAUCUGUAAAUGUCAACAGUGAUAAUUUUAUAUAAUGUGAGCAUAUGACUGCGCACCAUUUUCUACCCUUUAAUGUUUCGCCUGCACUUUAGGUUAUGAACAGAAUAUAUUAACAAAUCUUUAGUGUCAAAGACUGUCUUUGGUGACAGCAGAGGGGGCUUAGUAAUGAUAGUGUCACAGCUAUUAAAGUUAUUUUUCUCUUUUUUGUGCAAUAUAUUCUACAUAAUAUCCUGGGAUUGUACUAUAUCUUUGUUCAUUUGGUGUGGAUUAUGAUUGUCUUUCUAUCACAGACAAACCACUCUAAAAUUAUGUGGUUAUUGUUAUUUUGAUCUGAAACAUCGUCUCCUUUGAAAAAUGAAAUAUUCAUGUACUGAUAUGACAAAAAAAGGUUGUUCAUUUUGUAGUUUGUGAAUGUUUUGAUGUAACUAAUCAUAAGACGAGUCACGUUCGAACAACAAGCAAUGAAAGCGCUUUACUUGAAUGACAAUAAAAACAUCUGCACAGCAUAAAGGGGACUUGUGGAUGUAAAACUGCAUCUGGAUUGCAAAUGAGU